ACUGGUCGGGAGAAUCGCCACGUACAUUUACGGCGCGGGCAGAGGCUUGGCGGCUCGGACGCAAGUACAUGGCGGACAUGUAUGUGGUCGUCACGCCUAGCAUGUGAGCAGUGCUCUCUCUGAUCGUCCCGUCCCGGAGGCAGCUGGUCCUGGUUCGGUCCUUUUUCUCCACAACUUGUUUUCUUCGGAACAUGGGGGUCGGCGUUCGUAGGCGCAGCGUGGGAGGGAGGUGUCUGCUUUUGUGAGUCUAUUUGGGCUUCGAGUCAUUUUCGUGCGAGGGCGCUGUGCUCGCCUCCUGCUACAUUGGUAUUGGUGGAAGGAAGACGACGACUGCGCGAGCGGCUGUACUACUAUGGCUGACUGUCUGGCCGAUAAGUGGAGGAAUACAAGAAUAUAUUAUCGAAACGCUGCAUGCGCUAUUAUGCCCGUGAAGGUGUGGAGAAGAAGUGUUGGGCUCGGAAGCGCGGGAGAAUGGCUGCGGAAGGCGCGGUUGAGCUCUCAGCGCAGCUUAUCGAGCAGGAAGAGGCUGCCAAAAGAGGGCAGGCUCGCUGUGGGGUAUGCAGGGCGGAGAUGCGAAGAUGGUGCUGUGGUUUCUGCACGACAGGCUUGCAUGCGUCGCCGACUGUUGGGGCCCGAGAUAAGCAUCUGCCUCCUGACAGGCUGUCGGCGCGAUGGGGAACUGCAGCGCGUUGCGGUAAUCAGGACGCCCGCGGGAGCCGGAAGCUUGUUGUCGUGUGCGUGUGGUGCAAUUGUAAUCAUGACUGCCUGCGCCGGGUGGGAUGGCGACGAUGGCUGGAAAGGUGUUCUUUGCCGGCGCGUGGGGCGCGCCCAGCUCUUCAGCCCUGUCGCAAAUCGUGGAGGCGGCGGAGGCCAAUCAGGGGCGCCCGGAACGCUCUCAGAUCUCCGGCCGCGUCUGGCAGCAUCCCGCGUGUGUGCCGGGUGUCUCGCAGCGGCGCCGACAUGGGUCUCUGUCAAGGUGCAGUCAGCCAGCGUGAGGCUUGAGGACACGCAGUCAGAAGCCGCUCCGCCGCCGCACAGUCGCCAGUGGUGCCUGGGCUUGCACUCGGCGCAGCAGUGUCACAGCGGUACGGCGCACCUGAACUGGUCGUGUGUCCCUUGGACUGGCCGCCCACGCGACUGCCGCCCUUUAUCGCGGCCUUCCGAUAACCCUUCGUCAUAAACCUCCCACCUGCACCCUCUGUGCCACCCCUUAUCAGCCGCUUCACCUCUCACCACCUCACCUCUCUCGCCCUCGCUCUUUAUCCUAUAUUCCUGUAUCUUCAAGCUUCGCCCUCGCAUCACGGGGACCCUCGGCGCAAUACGGACCCUGCAGGCCUGAUGU